AUGGCCCGAACUAAGCAAACCGCUAGAAAAUCCACCGGUGGUAAAGCUCCCCGAAAGCAACUCGCUACCAAAGCUGCCCGAAAGCAAACUUCCACUUCUGCCGCUGGUGGUGUUAAGAAGCCUCACAGAUACAGGCCCGGUACCGUCGCUCUUCGAGAAAUCCGAAGAUACCAAAAAUCUACCGAACUCCUCAUCCGAAAACUUCCUUUCCAAAGAUUGGUCAGAGAAAUCGCUCAAGAUUUCAAGACUGAUUUGAGAUUCCAAUCUUCUGCCGUAUUGGCUCUUCAAGAAGCUUCCGAGGCUUACCUCGUCUCUCUCUUUGAAGACACCAACUUGGCCGCCAUCCACGCCAAGAGAGUUACCAUCCAACCCAAGGAUCUUCAACUCGCCCGAAGACUCAGAGGUGAACGAUCUUAA